AUGGAACCCAGUUCGAUAACUGUAAAUUCAGAAGUUACUGCGAGGAAAAAGGGCUCAUCCAACAGUUCUCGUCCCGGAGUUAUCCCCAAGGAAACGGACAAGCCGAGAAGACUAAUCCGAAAACCAAUCGGCGAAAGCCCUUUUUCCUUGGCUUAUGGAACUGAAGCCGUCAUCCCCACAGAAAUUGGACUUCCCACAAUCAGGACGUUGGUGGUAGAAAGCAAUGACAAUGAACGACAGCUAGCUCACAACCUUGACAUGCUCGAAGAACAACGAGAGGCUGCAGCGUUGCGACUUGCGAACUACCAGAACCAGGCAGCCAAUUACUUCAAUAAGCGAGUAUGGCAGAGGAAGUUCAAAGUAGGUGCAUGGAUACUCAGAAAGGUCAUGGAGAAUACCAAGGGUCUAAACGCAGGAAAAUUUGGACGGACAUGGGAAGGACCGUACGAGGUAACAGAGGUUUAUGGAAAAUGGGCCUAUAUGCUGAGGCAUAUCGAGAGCGGUCAAUAUGUACCACGCCCGUGGAACGCAAUUCAUCUAAGGAAGUAUUUCAUUUGA